AUGGCUCCUGCCAGCAACACCGGCAGCGACCCCGCCGCCGGCUGCGAGGCGGUGGUUAACGGCUGUAAACCCACGGUGAAACCGCCUACACGCAGGGCGGCUGUCCCACGCCACGGAGGUGUCCGUGUCCCCCGUGUCCGCGGGCACCCGCCGUCACGGGAACAAAGGCGCCGCCGCCGGGCGCCCCGCGAGCCGGUGACCCGCCCGGGCGGGAACCUGCCCUCGCACCGGCACGGCCCCGGCCCCAGGCGGCCCGCCCCCCCCCCGCGAUGCCCGCACGGCCGCGUCCCGCCACGGUCCCCCCGAGGCCGGCGGCGGCGCCUGAGGGACGCGAGCACCGCGCGGCCGCCCCGUUCCCCGCCGCCGCCUCAGGCCGCCCCCAGCCCGGCCGACAAAGGCAGCGGCUCGGGCAGCACUGGAGCCGCCCCAGCGCCGGGCGGGGCACGGGGGCCGCCGCCGGGGCGUGAGGGGGGGAACGGCCGCGCCCCGGCCCCGCUGCGCUCCGCCGCCGCCUCCCGCCUCAGGUGCGCGGCGGGCAGCGGCUCCUCACCUGCGUUGCCGCCGCCCCCGCGCCGCGGCCGCCGCCAGGGCCGGGCUGGAGCCGCGCAGCAGCAGCAGCAGCGCCGCCGCCCCGCCGCCGCGGCUCCCCUCAGGCACCAUGGCAGGGGGCAGGCACCGGCACCGGGGCCGGCCGCGCCGCCGCCUCCCCUCAGCCGCGCCGCUGCGGCUGCCAUGGAAAUCACAACCACGCCCUGA